AUGCAGAUUCAGUGCCAGCCGAGGCUGGAGUGUAUCGCUCAAUCGAGCCUAUUUACGGGCCAGUUGAGCCAUCAUGUAAACAGAAUAGCGCCUUCUGCGUUGCCAUCUCAAAAUGGCUCAACUAGUCGGGUUUCUAUAGGAGUCGCUUCUGCUAUAUUGGCGGAGGCCGAGCGCAAUUUGAUUUCAGUUCAGGAGUCCAAUCCCACUUUUGGCGGCCUGUGUAGGCAGGAGAGAUCGUCACGACUGAGUCGCAUCGACGUCAACUCACCGGCCUACCUACAGUUUCUGAAGCAGAAGUUCCUUCUUUAG